UUGUUGCGGAAAGGAUGCAAGCCGAAGCCUUGUUCUCCAGCAAUAUCUACGGACUUGGCUUCCUUGCAAGGGGCAAACAACACCGAACACUCGUCGUUACUUUCAGCUGUGGAAGAUCCAGGAGUCGUUAGUUCACUUUUGGAACAUAUUAAGCUCCUUCGGGUCGAACUGGUCGAUUUGACUUUGGAAGUAUCGUCAUUUCGUCAAGAGCUUGCAUCAUUGAAACGUUAUCCGAGAUAUGCAAGAGAGUCGACAAUGUCGAAGGGUGACUGUCUCAACUUGAGAAUAAAAUACCGUCCGUGCCUAAGAGUCACUUAUUGGAAGACAUUGCCAACCUGA